CGUUAAGAGCGGACUCUCAUUUUCAUGACCUCCUCACUCUCUUCCUUCUUUAAGUUCUUCUUCUUCGUCUCUCUCUCUCUCUCUCUCUCUCUGCAAUUAAGACGGACAUAGCUGACGAAGUUCCAAUUCCCCACCAGAAAACAAAACACUGAACGCCGCGCGCCCAGCCCCAUCACUCUCUCUUUCUCCUUCAAGGUUCAGAUUAAUAGCAACCAAAUUUAAAGCCUUUCCAUUUACUCACCCCCUCCCCACCACCUCUUUCACGCAGCCACGCACGAUUUCAAAAAUAAUGCGGGUCCUACAUUUCUCCCCUUCAUCAACUUGUUCUUCCUGUUAGUCCUAUAUUUACUUAUUCCUUACUAUUUGAGUAUUUGGAAGCUCUUCCGGCACGCUCCUCCACCAACUUCAGCUCCAUUUCGUGUUUCCCCAAUCGUCGGCCGGAAUGGUGUCUUCCGGCAAUUCCUCCUCCGGGGCUAAACACAGCUCCGGUGAUUCUUCUUCGUCUAGUAUUUUCACUUCCAAGACUCCCAUUCUUGGGCUUAAGCUCUACGUGAUCAUUGCCGCAACUGUUGCCAUCACAGUUGCCGUUUUCCUGCUGAUCUUUUUGUUCCUCCGUUCUCAGCGUAAAAAGCGCCGCCGAAUCAGCAGCCUGGGUCGGGGUUCUUCUGGAUUGUUGCCUCUGGUUUUUAAAGAAAUUGACCGUGUGAACGAAUCGGAUCGGGUUGGGAACGGCGCCGGUGGUGCGAAGACGGAGAAGGAGAGUAAACCGAUUUUGAGUAAAGAUGUUGAGAUUGAAUCGAAUUUCCGUAAGAAAGGGAGUUCGGAGAGUAACGACUCGAGUACGAGUAAAAGCGAGUCGUCGUCUGCCGUCACGGCGUCGACGACGACCUCGACUUCCGGUGAAGGUAUGAACAUUGGGUGGGGAAGGUGGUACAGCUUGAAGGAGCUUGAAACUGCCACCGACGGAUUCGCGGUGGAGAAUGUGAUCGGAGAAGGCGGAUACGGCAUCGUUUACAGAGGCGUUCUCCCGGACGGUUCUGAAGUUGCCGUGAAGAACCUUCUCAACAAGAAGGGUCAGGCUGAAAAGGAAUUCAAGGUGGAAGUUGAAGCUAUAGGCAAGGUGAGACACAAGAACCUCGUUGGCCUUAUGGGCUAUUGCGCAGAAGGACCUCAAAGGAUGCUUGUUUAUGAGUAUGUUGAUAAUGGUAACUUGGAGCAAUGGUUGCAUGGAGAUGUCGGACCUGUUAGCCCACUAACUUGGGAUAUCCGAAUGAAAAUUGCGAUUGGAACGGCGAAAGGGCUUGCCUACUUGCACGAGGGAUUGGAACCUAAAGUUGUGCAUCGUGAUGUAAAAUCUAGCAAUAUUCUUCUUGACCGGAAAUGGAAUGCAAAAGUAUCGGACUUUGGCCUUGCCAAGCUUUUAGGACCUGAGAAAAGCUACGUGACUACAAGAGUGAUGGGAACAUUUGGAUAUGUUUCCCCUGAUUAUGCAAGCACCGGUAUGCUUAAUGAGGGGAGCGAUGUGUAUAGUUUCGGAGUGCUGCUUAUGGAAAUAAUUACUGGAAGAAGUCCAGUUGACUAUUCCAGGCCACCUGCAGAGAUGAAUUUGGUUGAUUGGUUCAAAGGAAUGGUUGGAAAUCGUCGUGGUGAAGAAUUGUUAGACCCCCUAAUUGAGGUUCCUCCUCCGUCAAGAGCUUUGAAGCGAGUGCUGUUGGUUUGCCUUCGCUGUAUAGAUUUGGAUGUGAACAAGCGACCAAAGAUGGGACAAAUAGUGCACAUGCUUGAAGCUGAAGAAUUUCCCUUCCGUGCUGAGCCUCGGCCAACCCAAGAAACGACUUCUUUACAUCCAUAUACAGUGGGUAGCUCGAGAUUUCAACAGGCAAGCAAGGAUGCAACAGUUGGUGAUGAAGACCACAUAUCUAGGAGGAGAUGACUACGGUUGCGGGUACAUCAGAGAAGGUAUCCUAGUUUUGGAAGCAAACAUAAGAUUCUAGAGGAAAUAUUAUUAUUUGAUUGCUUAUUAUGCAAGGAUUUACGAUAGCUAUAUCCUUAUACUUGCAUCAUUUAGUUACAAUAUAUAUAGUCAAAAGCCAUUGAUUGAUGAGCCAUUGUAAAUAAUUACUACGAGGACUGUAUUAUCUAUAUAGUAACGCAUGUAUUCUUAUUUCUGCUUCAAAUGGACGUCCCUGGUGAUAUUAGACUAGUAAGAAUAAGACAUCUUUUUGAGCACUUACUACCCAAGAUGUGUAAAUAAAAUACUACUUCAAUGGGAAGUAAGAAAGAAUUUAUUUAUUAAAUUGUCUUCUAUGUUG